AUGACCACGAUUGCUACCUCGACCACACCCACAACCACGACUGCCACCCCGAUCACACGCAAGACUGCCUCCCUGACCCCUGAGAAACCUCAACUGAAGAGACAGGUGGUGAGAGCGAAGAUGACCCCAAAGGAUCCAAAUCUGAACCUCAUCGAUCCUGCUGUUCAGGACGUCAUCUUACAAGAGGUGAGUUUCACCCUGUUCAUGAAGAACCAUCUCAGCUUCUACACACCUUCCUCAUGUCUUCAUCAAUUUCACCUCAUUAACAACUCUAUGAACUGGACUGACGCCCAGAGUUACUGCAGAGCACAGUACACUGACCUGGCCACAGUAGAUGACACGGUGGACCUGAACAGGCUGAUUACUACUCUCAAUUAUUAUAAAAACUGGUUUUGGAUCGGACUGAAGAAAGGAGACUCCAUGAAGUGGCAGUGGUCUCUGGCAGACAGACGUUUCUACAGAGAGGGGGAGACUGAGUUCAGAAACUGGGACACUGGGACGCCCCAAAAUGGAAAACAAAGCACCAACCUAACAUACGUCUUAAUUCAGGAGAAAAAGACCUGGAGAGAUGCUCAGAGUUACUGUAGACAGAAUCACACAGACCUGGUCAGUGUGAGGAACCAGACUGAGAACACAGAGAUAGAUCAGAAGAUAUCCCUGAGGGGACUGCCUGUGUGGAUCGGCCUGUUUCAAGACUACUGGAGAUGGUCUGACCAGAGUAACUCCUCAUUCAGGAACUGGCUGCCAGGAUGGCCUUCAGUAAAUCAGAGUUUAAACUGCAUUCUGAUGUCUUUAUAUCCUUAUUCUGAUCAAACUAAAUUAAUAAAUAAGCCCUGUGCCUACUCCUUUCCUUUCAUCUGCUAUAGUAAGUUACCAUAUUCUCCACCUGAUCUACCUGAUAUUAUGAUGACAGGAGAACUCUAAUGUUGCCCCCAUGAUUCACUACUGUCACUGUGAGAUUUUAUUCUCUUCUAGGCCCAGCUGUGGAGACCACAACUGCC